UGGGUUCUUUUUUGAACUCAAAUACGAUGGGUAUUGGAGGACAGCCACAUUUCUCGGAACGAAGAAAGAUUCAAAACCGCCUCGCUCAACGGAAAUUUCGUGAAAAGACAAGAGCGGAAAAACAAUCAGGCUCUUCUGGCACCCCAGAAAAUUUCAUCAAUGAUGAUCAAAGUCAAAACAAUCACCUUGAUCCUUUACUCUCCGCGAUGGAGUUUCAACAACAAGAGGGGAACACAGGUUUGUCGUUAGGGAAUUAUCUUGGGGCAUCGCUUGUAUUUCCCUGCAAUGCAUCAAGUAUGCCUUCACAUGAUGGUACUUUUGCCAUUGCUGAAACAAUAAAAGAUACAUCCUGUCCAUCCGUGCGAAUCGAGGCAGCAGCGGAUCCCAGCUUUCAGUUAGCAGAUCUUGAUGCGAGAUAUAAGAUUUCCCAUCCAACUCAAGCUGAAUGUGAUACGAUGUUCAAUCAGAACCCCGUAUUCUUUGGGGAUGGGAAACAUGACCAGCAAAGUCUAUAUCAAGUUAGAACGAACAUCAACGAAGAGCUUCUUAAAAGCUGUGAAUGUGGUCACUCUGAUCGGCUGAAUAAAGCCCUACAAUAUCAAAGAACACAGCUGUGCGACCAGGCAGAGCAACUCAUCGAAAAAGCUCUGUCAGUAUACGACAUUGGCAUAUCCCUUGGAGUUUUGGUAUCGAAUUCACGCCUUCGGGAUCUUCUAAUAAAAACACUAGACGGUUUCCGUGCCCAGCGACAGCCCGAAGCACAUAAUCGAGAUGAGCGCGCAUUAGAAGAUAAUGAAUGCAUAUCGUAGAGUAACCACCUAGCUACCUAGCCU